AUGAGUUCGGAUAUAUCCCGUAUCGCCGGUCCUGUCCGGUGGCGAGUGUGUCGCUAUGCGCCACUACAUGUCAACAAUGGCGCCCACAGGUGCGCAAUGCGCUUAACAGCACCGAUAGCUGAUAUACAGCACUCAAAACUCUACAUUAAAACAUCGUUACAAUUGAAACGUUUAGAGUCCAUAAGCCGAUCGCCAAUAUAUUCACAUUUAGGCGAAACAUUGAAUGGUGUGUCCAGUAUUAGGGCCUAUGAUUGUAUGGAUAGGUUUAUACGGGAAUCGGAUAAUAGGAUUGACAACAAUACUAAGUGUCUCUAUCCGUAUAUUGUGGCCAACAGUUGGCUAUUAAUUAGACUACAAGUCCUGAGCAAUUUGCUUGUACUGUUUGCUGCACUGUUUGGUGUCAUUGGUAGAGAUAGUCUAACCGGUUCGGACAUUGGACUGUCCCUAUCGAUGGCCAUUACAUUAACCGGUAUUUUAGAGUAUUUUAUCGAUUCGUUUGGCCAAAUGUUGGCAUUAUUUGUAUCGUUUGAACGAAUAGACGAAUAUUGUUGUCUAGAAAGCGAACCAAUUGGUCAAUACGGUAGACAAUUGUCAGAUAAAUGGCCAGAAAAUGGUUGUAUUAGUUUUGUUGGAUACGGUAGUCGAUAUCGACAGGGAUUUGAUUUAGUAAUCAAAGGCAUUACAGUUAAUAUAAAGUCCGGUGAAAAGAUAGGUAUUGUUGGCCGAACCGGUGCGGGAAAGUCAUCGCUAACAUUGGCAUUGUUUAGGCUUAUUGAGCCAGCAAUGGGUCGUAUAGUUAUCGACGGUAUAGAUAUCAGUCAAUUAGGUCUACACGAGUUGAGGUCGCGGUUGACUAUUAUACCACAAGAACCGGUACUGUUUUCGGGAACUAUUCGCUCAAAUUUGGAUCCGUUCGACAGGUUUUCCGACGACCAACUCUGGUCAGUGUUAGAACAGUCGCAUCUCAAAGAGUUUGUACUGUCGACUGAUGCCGGUCUCGACCAUCCGGUUACCGAAUCGGGUGAUAACAUGAGUGUCGGUCAGCGACAACUUGUAUGUCUGGCUCGAGCUUUCCUCCGACACUCGUCUAUCCUUAUCCUCGAUGAGGCCACGGCUGCCGUCGAUGUCGAGACCGAUGCACUCAUUCAGCAAACUAUUAGACAAUCAUUUAAGUCGUGUACUGUCCUAACGAUUGCCCACCGAAUCAAUACAAUCCUGGAUUACGAUCGGGUGUUAGUCCUAAGCGACGGACGGGUAGCCGAGUUUGACUCACCCGACAAACUGCUUGACGACAGGACAACCAUUUUCUACUCACUGGCCAAAGAUGCCGGUGUUAUAUAA